GCCCGGCUUCUCAUGCUGACCGCGAGGUCUCGCCGCGGGGCGUCCGGAGGAUGCAGCCUUCUGCUUCGUCUGCCUCCAUGACGGGACCUGUAGCCAUGCUCGAUACCACAGGGCACUUUGCAAAAAGAAAGAAAACUUCUCUUUGGUUCACUGUUGCUUUGUUGGUUGUAUCUACUUUCAUAUUGACCAUAGGCCUUGCAGCUACUACAAGGACCGAAAAUGUAACCGUGGGAGGCUAUUACCCAGGAAUAAUCCUUGGCUUUGGAUCCUUCCUGGGGAUUAUUGGUAUCCAUCUGGUAGAGAACCGGAAACAAAUGCAGUCAUUUACAACCCUUGAGAAGUUGAUUCCUGCAAUGCUGAUAGCAUCCAUCGUGUUCAUCAGCUUUGGGGUGGUAGCAGCUUUCUGUUGUGCAAUAGUUGAUGGUGUGUUUGCAGCACGACACAUAGAGCCUAGGCCUUUAUAUAAUAAAAGGUGCCAGUAUUAUUCAAGCGGAGUGGGAUUCCUCUAUGACGCCUACCAAACAGAGGUGACGUGCUACACUUUAAACAGUAAAUGCCAGUUAAGAGUGAAAAGCAACACAUGCUACUGUUGUGACUUGUACAACUGUGAAAACUCAGAACACUCCACCAGCUAUUAUGAGUUCCUUGGUGUGAACAGUUGUCAGGAUGUGGUUCACCUGUAUCGGCUGCUCUGGUCCUCCACUGUCUUGAACAUCAUUGGUCUGUUUCUUGGCAUAAUUACUGCAGCAAUCCUUGGUGCAUUUAAAGAUGUGGCUCCCAUGGCCCAAAUUGCCUUCAGCUCUGCUCCUCCACCACAGAUCCUCUAUAAUCCAGCUCAGCAGAUUUUGACAUACACUGGGUUUUGUCCUUCAGCAGCUGCUGUCCCUCAUUAUCCAUCCUAUCAUUUACCUCUUCAGCCCAUCAACCAUUUCCCAACAUCCUCAUCUACUGAUAUUUCAUUAUCUGAGGACACUCAGCCACCAUCUCAGUCCAGCUCCAACUAUGGUCUUCCUCCCAACGCUCCUCCAUUAUAUACACCAACCUAUUUCCUGUCUGGUGAAAAGCCGCCACCUUAUGUCCCAUAGCUUGGAGAUCAUCGUCAACAGACUGUAAGGUUCAAGAAGAGAAACCUCCACCUUGGGCGUGCUGCCCGUGCUAGCAGACUUCUAUGGAUGUCAUGUUGUGUGGCAUGAUAUUGAUCCUCUUUAUACCCAAACCAUGUGCAACCAGAAGACAAUUCAUGAAAACGUAUUGCAGGCAUAUCUUCUAAACUAGGUUUCAUGUGGUCAUUUUCAACCUGUCUUUUCUGCUAUUAUUGCUCCAUCCCCACAGUUGCUAUUUUUUCCAUUAGACAUUUCAAAGAAAGCAGAGUAAUGCUCAAGAGAGGGCCACAAAUGCUAUCAAGAGGCCCAAGACAGUGAAUAGUGAUGCCCGUUUACAUUCAAGUGAGGUGGGAAUGGCCAGCUCCAUCCAUAUGGCAGAGAAAUUCUGGUGCACAUCUGCAAUACAAACAAUUUUGUGUGUGGAUCCCCUGUGCUGGUCUCUGGUUGCCUAAUUUCAGUUUCUUAUAAUUAAUCUGCAGUUAGCUCACUUGUUUUACAAUAAAACAUGUUGUGUGUAAUAUAUUUGUACUUGUUAACUCUAUGCAUGUUAUAGGAAAGGCAGAGAAAGCAUUCAGAGUUAGUAUGAACUGUUUUUCCAAAGGGUACAUAUGAGAUAUCAAAUUAUUUUAAAAUAUUUGAGGCUGUCCUUUUUGUGUGAAUAUUGUGCUGUGUCCUAUUUAACACAAUAAAAUAAAGCUAAUCUUUUCCAUA